AUGGGCGCUGAAGUGGUACAGGGAGAUCCUGUCUAUGAUGGCCGCAUCAUCAUCUACAUAAUCAAAGCGGAUCAAACAAACUAUAUCAACUACAUCAAGCCGCUCAUUCUGGCGGAGGAGCUCGAAUGCCCUUACAUAGUCUCCAUCAUUGAUACCAAAGACGAAUGGUACUAUCGGGUGCAUCCCGAGAGAUACGCCCCUGCCUUGAGAGAUGAAGACCCAGACUCCAAGAAGGAGAUUAUAGUGUUUGAGAGCACGGCUUGCCUUCAGUAUCUCGCUGAUCGGGCUGAUCCAACCGGUGCAUGGAACGGCAGGAAUGCAUGGGAGAAGGCUGCGAUUCUGUCCUGGACUGCUUACCAGACAGCUGGUCUCGGAGCCACGGCCGAGUACUGGCUAUACUUCCUCAAAGGCUACCCUAAUAGAAAGAAUCCCGAACUACUGCCUAAAACGACCAAAAAACUCCACGAGAAUGUGCUGAAGCAGUGGGACAUCCUGGGGAGCAGACUGUCCGUCGCAGGCCAAGACUACGUUGCUUUACAAGACCAGCCUACAAUCGCCGACAUAUCGUACUUACCGUUCGCGAUACCUUGGAUGUUCGGUUUCUUUAAUGUAAAAAUCGAGGACUGGCCUCACAUUAAAAAUUGGAGUGAUCGCAUGUUGGCGCGCCGGGCAGUGCAGAGAAUCCUGAAGAAGGGGCCGAUGUAUGGGCACGAGUUUGACACUUGA